UACUACGUCUUCGCCAUGGUGGGGAUGGAGGUGUUCAAAGACAAGGUGAAGUUUUACGAGGAGGGCUCCAGCGACCCGGCGAAGGCGUACUGCGGGAACCCUCUGCUGGAGAAGAAGACCUUCGCUCAACUCAACUACUGCAAGAACAACUUCAACAACGUGGUGUCGUCCUUCAUCCUGCUGGUGGAGCUCACCGUGGUCAACCAGUGGCACGUGCUCAGCAGCGGCUUCGCCAUCGUCACACACGCGUCGGCCAGGAUCUUCUUCAUCCUCUUCCACAUCGUAGUCGUCAUCAUCAUCAUCAAGUAAGAGGAGG